CCCAACAAUCUACACCAAAUACUCUGUAAUGUAAAAGUGUAAGAAAUAUUAAAAUAUGUUUUAAAAUAUUUUUUAAACAAAAUUAUGAAAAAUAAAACACAAAAAUAUCUUGAUUAAAUAAGUAUUCAACCCCCUGAGUCAAUACAUGUUAGAACCACUUUUGGCAGUGAUUACAGCUGUGAGUCUUUCUGGGUAAAUCUCUAAGAGAUUUCCACACCUGGAUUGUGCAACAUUUGUCCAUUAUUCUUUUCAAAAUUCUUUCAACUCUGUCAAAUUGGUUGUUGAUCAUUGCCGAAGAACCAUUUUCAGAGCUUGCCAUAGAUUUUCAAGUAUAUUUAAGUCAAAACUGUAACUCGGACACUCAGGAACAUUCACUGUCUUCUUGGUAAGCAACUCCAGUGUAGAUUUGGCCUUGUGUCUUAGGUUAUUGUCCUGCUGAAGGGUGAAUUCAAAUGCCAGCGUCUAGGGGAAAGCAGACUGAACCAGGUUUUCCUCUAGUAUUUUGCCUGUGCUUAGUUCAAUUCCGUAGCUUUUUUAUCCAGGAAAAACUCCACAGUCCUUAACGAUUACAAGCAUACCCAUAACAUGAUGCAGCCACCACUAUGCUUGAAAAUAUGGAGAGUGGUACUCAGUAAUGUGUGUUGUAUUGGAUGCCCCAAUCAUAACACUUUGUAUCCAAGACAAAAAGUGAAUUGCACAUUUUUUGCAGUAUUACCUUAGUGCCUUGUUGCAAACAGGAUUCAUGUUUUGGAAUAUUUGUAUUCUGUACAUUCUUCCUUCUUUCACUCUGUCAAUUAGGUUAGUAUUGUUGAGUAGCUACAAUGUUGUUGAUCCAUCCUCAGUUUUCCCCUAUCACAGCCAUUCAACCAUGUAAUUGUUUUAAAGUCACCAUUGGCCUCAUGGUGAAAUCUCCGGCAACUGAGUGAGGAAGGACACCUGUAUCUUUGUAGUGACUGGGUGUAUUGAUACACCAUCCAAAGUGUAAUUAAUAACUUCACCAUGCUCAAAGGGAUUUUUUUGUACCCAUUUACUAAUAGAUGCCCUUCUUUGCGAGGCAUUAGAAAACUUCCCUGGUAUUUGUGGUUGAAUCUGUGUUUGAAAUUUACUGCUCGACUGAGGGACCUUAGAGAUAAUUGGGGUACAGAGAUGAGGUAGUCAUUCAUGUUAAAAACUAUUAUUGCACAGAGAGUGAGUCCAUGCAAUUUAUUAUGUGACCUGUUAAGCAAUGUUUUACUCCUGGACUUAUUUAGGCUUGCCAUAACAAAGAGAUUGAAUACUUAUUAUACUUAUUGACUAAAGACAUUUCAGCUUUUCAUUUUUAAGGAAUUUGUAAAACUUUCAAAAUACAUAAUUCCACUUGGACAUUAUGGGGUAUUGUGUGGUAGGCCGGUGACAAACAUAUCUCAAUUUAACCCAUUUUCAAUUCAGGCUGUCACACAACAAAAUGCGGAACAGGUCAAAGGGAGUGAAUACUUCCUGAAGGCCCUGUUUUUGUAGUAAAACAAGAAUAGGAGUUUAAGAAAUUCAUAAUAGCCUAUUUAGUCCACGUGAAUAGUUUGAGUCUAGGCAUAUUUCAUUAUGCACAAUGAAAGAACAAGUAAGAUAUUCUAACAACAUGAUACUAAUUGAAUCAACUUCCUAAUUUUGCUGCUCUGAUAUCCUGUGAAAUAGCAUAAAGACACCUGGGCACCUCAGGACAUCUUCCUUAUCAAUGAAGCCUAUAGUCAUUUGAUUGACAAGUUCUCUUAUUAUUUGAUUGUAAUAAUUAAUCUCUUGUUAAGAUGAUAAAAUAUUGAAUCCCCAUUUUACAGAUUCAGGCAUGUUCCAAAAUGGAUUCUCAACAGACAGGGGUUCUGACCAAUGGCGGCUCAGAUGACAGGAGUGUCGGGCCAAUCCUUGAAGAGAUCGGGGACUGUGCCAGAGAUCCAUGAGGAGCCAGUGGACUCCUUGAUCUUAUCCUGCCCACCAGACUCUGAAAGUGAAGGUCUUCUCCUGAUAGAUGACCAGGGUAUUCCAUACACACUCAACCCUGAGGGGCACAAAGUGCCCCAAGUGAACUCUUCCAGGCCAGACAACCCCCCCUCAAGCCAGCCAAAGGUGCAGUCCAGCUCAUUGGAGGUAGAGGAUGACAGGUCGUCUCAUUUAACCACAGCAAGGGUCGCUUACCUCAGCCAAAGUUUAGUAAAAACUCCACACACACACAAGGAAAACACAUGUCCCGCUCCUGUUACGUCUAUGAAACCCUCACAGAAGUCAGAACUUCUAAAAAAUACAGAACACUCAAAGAACCCAGAACUCUCACAGAAUGCGGAACCCCCUAAGGUUCUAGAUUCAGGUGUGAAAUCUGUUAGUGAGGCUAGUGCUGCUGUUUCCCAACCCUCUGGUUCUGCUGUACACCUCCAACCCCCUCAGCCUAUCCAGAUCCUGACUAACCCCUCCUCCAACACCCCCAUCCUCCUCUUCCCCUCCUCCACCCAGCUCUCCUCCAUUCCCCUAACCAAGACUGAUGCCAACCCAGGCCUCCUGGCCUUCUCUCUCCCCUUCUCCCUCACCCAGAACACUCCUAGUGCCUCCACCUCUAUGUUCCUUCUCCUCUCCUCCUCCUCCACCUCUUCCUCUGGUCAGUCUUUCUCUACCUCCACCCCCAUUGCUCUCAUUGACCCCUCCACCGGUCAGCUCUCCCAAAUCACUGCCUCCUCUUCAUCCCCUCUUUCUCUCUCUCUCUCUUCUGGUCAGCUCGCCACAUCAGUGUCAUCCCUCCCUGCCAAUCCCUCCCACCCAGUUAUUAGAUCGACACCCAACAACUCCCCUAUCAUCCUAUCAAGAGAGAGUCCCAUCGUUAACCCUCCCGCCCCCCUGACCUCCCCCUCUGUGGUCUCCUGCCCUCCCUCCAAGCAGCCCAGUGCUGAUGGCAGUUCUAAAGCAGUUCUACUCAGCUCACCUCCUCACAAACACACUGAACCAAACUGUUGUGACCCCAACACCGAUCAUCAGUCACUAUCUACUGAAGAAACCCAAACGGAGUCUGUCCCAAAUGGGUCAUCUCCUACUAAAUCCCCUCCCCUUACACACCCGCAAUCCCCUUCUCUGUCCUUUGACUUCAGUUUGGAGGCAUCCGACCAAUCAAAAGCCCCAGAGUCAAAGCACACCUCCCUCCCAUGGGACGACCAUCUCUACUUCUCCUCCGCCACCGCUCCUCCCUCCCCUCCCCUUGCCCCCAUCUUCCCCUCCAGCGGACCCAGGAACCUGAACCCGCUGGACCCUCUGGACCCCCUGUCCCCAGCCUCCUCUCCCUCCUCUGGGCCACGAAGGGUACUCGACUGCCCUCUCUGCCCCAGGAUCUUCUACUACCUGUCUGACCUGGAGCGUCACUCCAUCACCCACUCUCAGAACAAACCCCAUGUCUGCCUGCAGUGUGGCAAGGCCUUCAAACGCUCCAGCCAUUUGCAGAGACACAAGCACAUUCACACGGGCGAGAGGAACUUUGUGUGCCCCAUCUGCUCCAAGCGUUUCAGGGAGGCGGGCGAGCUGCAGCGCCAUCAGAGGGUACACACAGGAGAGAAGCCCUACCAGUGCCCGCUGUGCCACACACGCUUCGCCGAGCGCAACACCCUGCGUCGACACACCAGACGCAAACACCCUUACCACCAGGCAGCUAUGGCGAUGCUGUCCGAGAGAGGAGCAGGGGGAGGAGGAAGAGAAGGAGGGGAUGAAGAUGAGGGCACAGAAGAGUGGUAUAGUUCCACUGUGUCCAACUUGGACAACUCUGACUCUGAACCAGAUUCUGAGGUAAUUUCCUGAGGCUGAUCCUCUUGAAUAAAUGAAAGGAGAAGAGGAGGAGGAGAAGGAGGAGGAGGAGGAGGUGGAUGAGAAGGAGAAUGAGAAGGAGAAGAAGGAGGAGGAGGAGGAGGAGAGCAAAGAUGGUGUAGCUUCACUGUGUUCGACUUGGACAACUCUUGACACUGAAAGGGAUUGAAAAUUACUUUUGAAUGAAAAGUACCUGAACGGUACUUUCCAAUGAGAACAUUGGUUAUAUUUAUUUAUUAAUUACACUUGAAUGUAUUUUAUUUCCAUUUCUUUACAGGGUCCGAAAAUUAUGACUGAUCUCAUAAACCAUUUCCCAUCAAGUAUUCCUUCGAUUUUUGUCAUUUCCACAACUAUAGGGCGGGAAAUGUUAAUGGACAUUCUAAAAAGAUCACCCUUUGACAUCCUGCUAUAACAAUUCAUUUGCACUACCAGAGUAUAAACAAUUAUGUUGUAAAAAGCGCUGUCACAAUGUUUUAUUGUAAAAUUGUUCUUUAUUACUAUUUUUUUUCUUCUCUUGUGGGAGCUGUAAUUAUUAUUGAGUGAGAUUAUUUAACUUUCUUACUAUUAAAGACACUGUCGUUUGCACUUUUGAAAAGUGGAUUUUGUGUUCAAAUUUGAGAACAAUAGCCUCCAAUUUGUCCUUUUUACAUGGUUUUUACAUUGUGAUUUCUGCUGCUAAUGCCUUCAAAACAAGGUGCACUAAUUUGUUAAAUGCAUAGAACAGAAUUCUGACCAAUGUUUUGUUGUUGCUGAUUGCACCACUGAUGCAAUUGAAGCUUAUGAUACAUGCUAAUCAUGUUAACUUAUUUCAGUUCAACCUCCCUGUGUGUGUACAGUGCCUUCAGAAAGUGUUCAUACACCAUGAGUUAUUCCACAUGUUGUUGUGUUACAGCCUGAAUUAAACAUGUAUUUAACAGAUUCUUUUCUCCUACACACAAUACCCCAUAAUGACAAAGUGAAAACAUGUUUUGAGAAAUGUUUGCAAAUGUAUUGAAAAUGAAAAACAUAAACAUCUAAUUUACGUAAGUAUUCACACACCUGAGUCAAUACAUGUUGGAAUCACCUUUAGCAGUGAUUACAGCUGUGAGUCUUUCUGGGUCUCUAAGAGCUUUGCACACCUGGAUUCUACAACAUUUGCACAUCAUUAUUUUUACAAUUCUUUAAGCUCUGUCAAGUUGGUUGUUGGUCAUUACUAGAUAGACAUUUUCAACUCUUGACAUUGAUUUUCAAGACGAUUUAAGUCAAAACUGUAACUAGGCUUCUCAGGAACAUUCAAUGUUGCCUUGGUAAGCAACUCCAGUGUAUAUUUUCCUUGUGUUUUAGGUUAUUGUCCUGCUGGAAGGUGAAUUUGUCUCCCAGUAUCUGUUGGAAAGCAGAAUGAACCAGGGUUUCCUCUAGGGUUUUGCCUGUGCUUAACUUUAUGUCCUGAAUAAAAAAAGUGUUAUGUUUGGGGCAAAUCAAACACAGUACAUCAGAGUACCACUCUUCAUAUUUUUAAGCAUGGUGGUGGCUGCAACAUGGUAUGGGUAUGCUUGUCAACGGCAAAGGCUAGGGAGUUUUUUAGGAUAAAAAUGAACGGAAUAGAGUUAGUUUCUUUGCCACAUUUUUUAAAAUGUUACUUUAGUGCCUUAUUGCAAACAGGAUGCAUCUCUGGAAUAUUUUUAUUCUUUACAGGCUUUCUUUUUUUCAUGCUGUCAUUUAGACAACCUGGUCUCAGAGCAUUUCGUAUAAUUCUGUAGGUAAAUUCGCAACGCUCCAUUUAGUAUCAUAUGUUACUGUGUAUUGUGGAUGUCCAUCAUCCAUUUUGUUUGAUAUGUUACGAAUUAAAAUUUGUAUAAUAUGUUA